AUGGGUCUGUUUUCGAGAAGGGAUCGGGGCCCGAGGGCGGGCGAGAACCCGCAGCCAUCUGUCCCCAACUCUCAGUCAAAAUCGUCGCUCACCUCGGGAUCAUCGAGCUACAUUGCUCCCAUCAACACAAGCGCUCGCGUCAUGAACCGCACUUCGGCUGGCACUACGAGCACCAUGGGCGGCCCGGGUACCCCGCUGACUCCUUUCUCGCCGAGUCCCAUUCCCAGCAUCCCCAUGCCGAGGCCCCCCGACCCGCAGCUCGAUCCCGCGGGCUACCUUCGCAGUCUGCCCGCCGUCAGAGAUCGCUGUAAGAUUAUCAUGACAAAAGCCUGUCGAAAUGAGCUGCGUCACUUCGAUGUCGAUAUGCGAAAGUUCCCAGAUGUCGUUUCUUUUGUCGCGAAUAUCAUCAAGCGUGAUUACGAUGCGCCGUUUACGAACAUUCCUCCUCAUGGACGUUAUCAGCACUUCGCCGUGGGCGGUCGUGACAGAAUUGCCCACCUGCUAGCUACCUGGCCUCCUGAAGAGGUCGACAAUACCGAGAAGUGUAAGCGCAUUAUCGAUCUUUUCCUCGUCAGCGUGCUUUUGGACGCCGGCGCCGGUACAAAUUGGAGCUACAAGAGCCCAGAAAAUGGCCGUAUCUACAGGAGAUCAGAGGGUAUUGCGCUCGCUAGCUUGGAUAUGUUUAAGUCUGGUUUGUUUUCUGGGAACAAGAGCAACAAACAUCAGGUAGACAAGGAGGGCCUCAAACACUUGACCGUUGAAGCCCUCGCCCAAGGGUUGCAGUCGCGCCCCGGGAACGAGAUAGCUGGCCUUGAGGGCAGGGCACAACUUCUGAUCCGUCUCGCCACGGCCCUUGAUCAGAACAAGGAGUUCUUCGGCGAGGAGGGCCGGCCAGGCAAUAUGCUCGACCAUAUCCUUUCUCAUCCCGCGACACAGGCCUCCAGUGUCAUCAUCGUUCCCGUUCCUGUGCUCUGGAACGUACUCAUGAACGGUCUUGCCUCAAUCUGGCCGCCUUCGAGGACAGCGAUUAAUGGUGUCUCACUUGGCGACGCUUGGCCAUGCAGCUCGAUGCCGCAACCCACUCAGUCCCCCACUAGCCCAACCUUCUCGCCUUUCCCAAAUACGACGGGCCAGUCUAACGGAGUGGCCCCGUGGGAGAGCAUUCUCCCGUUCCACAAGCUCACUCAGUGGCUUACCUACUCCCUCAUGCAGCCAAUGCAGAGUAUCAUGAAGAUCCAGUUUGCUGGCCAGGAAAUGCUCACGGGCCUGCCCGAGUACCGAAAUGGUGGCUUGUUCAUUGACAUGGGCGUUCUCACCCUUAAGCCAGAGGAUAUGGAGCGGGGCCUGAAGAACUAUGCUGAGUACUGCGAGCGGACUGGAACCAAGGGCGUCGAAGUUGCCCCUAUGUUUGAGCCUGGUGAUGACGUCAUUGUUGAAUGGCGUGGUGUGACGGUCGGCUUCCUAGACAUUUUGCAUAUGGAGGUCAACAAAGCGCUCAAGAAUGAGCUGAAUGGGAAUGAAUUGACCCUGGCCCAGGUGUUAGAGGCUGGAAGCUGGAAGGGUGGUCGGGAAAUCGCUGAGGUUAGCCGGCCCAAUACCAAGGAGCCGCCUAUUUUGAUUGACAGCGACGGGACUGUGUUCUAA